AUGCAGGGCGGCAACCAACAGCAGCAGCAACAGCAACAACAGCAGCAGCAGCAGCAGCAGCAGCAGCAGCAACAGCAAUGGCAGCUAGCACAGCAGCAGCAACUCCUGCAGCAGCAGUUGGCGAUGCAGCAGCAACAGCGCCAGAGGCUCCAGCAACAGCAGCAGUGGCAGGCGGCACAGCAGCAGGCGCAGGCGCAGCAGCAGCAGCAGACGCAGCAGCCCCAGCACCAGCAACAGGCGCUGCGCCAACAGCAGCAACAACAGCAGCCCCAGCGGCAAUUGCCGCAGCCGCAACAGCAAUCGCAUGUUCGCUUGCAGCAGCAGCCGCAGCACCAGCAGCGCCCCGUGACCCCUCCCGCCGGCAACCUUUCGGCGCCGAUGCUGGUGUUGCAGCCGCAGCAGCAGAUGAUGACUCUGCAGCAGUAUCAGCAGCGGCAACAGCAGCUGCUGCAGCAGCAGGCGGUGCGGCCACCGUCGCCGGGCGUCGGCGUCGGCGUCGGCGCGGGUGCGCAGCCGCAAGGCGCGCAGGUGCGGCAGAUUGGUACGCUGUCCUCUGAGCAAGUCCAGGCGAUGCUCGCUCAGCAGCAGCAGCGCGCCGCCGCCGCCGCGGCCCAGCUGCAGCGCCCGGGCUCGGCUGGGCCCGCACUGGGCCCCGUGGCUGCCCCGCAGCCCGCCGGCGCGCUGCCCUCCCCCGCCCCCGCGGCGCCCGCGGCAGCGGCAGCGGCGGCGGCGCCAGCUCCUGCGGGGCCGAGCGGGCCGGCGGCGAAGCGGCAGAAGAUUGGCGAUGAGGAUCUGUUCUUUGGCAACAAGGGGGAGCAUAUGGAUGUGCUGCAGGGCUUGGUCAAUGACAAAGACAUGACGGCGGGGCGGGAGCUGCAGACGGUCGCCGGCACGGCCAAGGCACGCGGUCGUGCGGGGGGCAAGUGGGGCAGGAGGGGCGGCCGGGGGCCCCGAUUUGAGGAGCUGCUGCUGGCGCAGGCGCCGCUGCUGAAGCUGGUGUGCGCGGCGGCGCUCAAAAAUGGCAUCAAGCUGGUCAACGCCGAGGUCCACAGCUUCCUGGCAGCUGCCGUGCAGGCGCACCUGGGGGCCCUUUUGGAGGGCGCGGCGCGCGCGCGCCUGCAGAGAGACGACGUCGGCAGGGAGCUCCCAGGCGCGCGGCCGCUCGAGUCGCGCCGGCAGUCUGCCAUUGCGCGGCUCAACGAGAUCAGCCAGCGCGCCAGGGAGGAGUUUGAGGCCAAGCGCAGCGCAGAGGAGGAGCGGCUGCUGCAGCUGGGGGGCACGCGGAAGAGGCUGGAGGAGGCGGAGCGGGCGCAGGUGCGGGAGGCCAAGGCCGCUAAGGAGCUGGCGCAGAAGCGGGUGGCCCUGAAAAGCACACUGGCCGCCAUCGGCGUCGGCGGCCGCGGCUUCGGCGCCAUCGGGCGCCCGCACGGCGCCGGCUUCACGCGCGCGGCGCCGCCGCGCCCGCCGACCGACGGCGAGGGCGGCGGCGGCAGUGGUGCGGACGCGCCGCCGCGCGUGCCGGUAGCGAACGGGCACCCCAACGGCACAGCAGCAGCGGCGCUCGACGGUGGCGGCGGCGGCGGCGGCGGUGCCCCCUCGGCGCCGGGGCCGACGGACGCGCGGUCGGCGCAGUCGGAGAUCAGGGUUCGAGAUCUCAUAUCAGUCAUGGAGCGGGAGCCCUUGUACCGCAGGAGCCCCCACCUCUUCAGGCUGUACGCCGUGGGGGAGCUCCCCAACCGAGCGCCGGGGGGCCGUUGA